AUGGUUUCAACAAAAACAAGUUCAUUGCUUCUAAUCACUUUGAGUGCAUUACUAUCAAAGGUACACGCUGCUGAUGAAGAUACCACAUCAUACGACGGAACCACCGUUGUACCUGUCACCCCACAAGCUACCGCCACUACAACAGUACCACAGGUUGUUGAAGAGAAUGGUGUUGUAUACAUUUGGACCAAUGAAGAAGGUGUCUUGACUGCCACUACUGUAUUUACUCAAACUACGACAGUAGCUGGAGCUGAAGCUACUCCAACUGAUGAUGAUACUACUGAGACCACCGCCACUACACCAACUGAUGAUGGUUCAAGCAGUAGUGCGGCCAUUGCUGAAUCCACAUCACCAACCACCUCAUCGUCUAUUUCAACAACUUCUGCUCCACCACCAACUUCAUCAUCCGUUGCUGAAGAAACCGGAGAACCAGAAACUGACUCCUCACCAUCAUCAUCAUCAGCAGCCUCACAACCAGAAGAAAAUUCAUCAGGUGAAGAAACCACUUCAACAGAUGACUCCUCCUCCUCUUUAUCAACCCCUGGUGCUUCAGCACCAUCAGACGCCAUCUCAACAACGCUUGCUGCUGAUAACAGUGUUAUUAUUAUCCCAACUGAUGUUCCAGAAGGUGAUUAUUCAACCAAGACGGUAACCACUGAUACUGUAUUGGAAAAUGGAUCAACUGCAGUAUUGGAAUUGGUUGUGUUAUACACUGCUGUUUGUUCUGCUUAG